GGCGGGCGCGGGGCGGCCAUGCAGCCCUCUCUGCCUUAGCUGAGCACGGCGCUCGGGCCGGAGCCCGCGGCCACCCCCCGGCGGCACCGGCACCAUGAGGAACGGCGAUGACCUGGAGGGCUUCGACGGCGAGGCGUCCAGCGCCUCCAUGAUCUCGGCGGCCAGCAGCCCUUACCAGCCCACCACAGAGCCCGUCAGCCAGCGCCGCGGGCUGGGCGGCCUGCGCUGCGACCUGGACUACCUGCGGGGCACCUUGGGCAGGCUGAAGCUGGCCGAGGUGCUUUUGGCACUGACCGCGUUCAUCUGCAUAGAGACCAUCAUGGAAUGCUCCCCUUGCGAGGGCCUUUAUUUCUUUGAGUUUGUGAGCUGCAGUGCACUGGUGGUUACUGGAGCUCUCCUGCUUUUGUUCAGUCUGAACCUUCACACAAGAAUACCCCAGAUCAACUGGAAUCUUACUGAUCUGGUCAACACUGGAGUCAGCACUUUCUUCUUUUUCAUUGCCUCUGUAGUACUGGCUGCUUUAAACCAUAAAACUGGAGCAGAAAUUGCUGCUGUGGUGUUUGGUUUCCUGGCAAUGGCAGUGUAUGCUGUGAACACGUUUUUAGCAGUUAAAAAGUGGCGGGUGAGCAGCAGGCAGCAGAGCAGCCGGCAGAGCAGCGACUACAUCCGCGCUCGGACAGAGUCCAGGGAGGUGGUGCAUCGGCCCGAGAUCCUGCGCCUGGACGCGAGGAAAAGGUGGAUGGAGGGUGGCGGAGGAUGCCCAGCCCUGCACGUGCACAGAGAUGCUUUGAGCCAGAAGCUGCUGUCGUGGAGGCAGAAAAUGUGGGUUGUUCAAAAGGAAGAUCCCCUCAAGACCUCCAGAUAUACACAUGCAUAUAUUAUAUAGCUCACAGAAUAUAUAAUAUAUGUCUGUUCUGAAGUA